UACUUCAUGAUUGGGUAUUAUGUGAAUCUACUGACAGCAAGCAAUAAUAUCGUACUGCAGUGGAAAAUACCCUUAAUGAGAAUCGAUUUAAAAACUUCAUUUUAAUCGAUAGGAGGCGGCUUUCCUUAACUAUUUUAACAAUAUAUAAAAGUUUGAAUAUUAUUAUGGACAUUGAAUUGCCGUAUGUAGUGGAAUAUGCCAAAAGUGGGAGAGCCUCUUGUAAAGGAUGCAAAUGUUCGAUUCCCAAAAAUAACCUUCGCAUCGCUGUUAUGGUUCAAUCAGCAUUUCAUGAUGCAAAAGUACCGAACUGGUUUCAUAAAAGCUGCUUUUUUAAAAACCAACGUCCCGCCUCUGUGGGAGACAUACAGAACUUUCAAAACCUUCGAUUUAUUGAUCAAAAAGAAUUGACUGAUCUUAUUGGAAAUAUUGGAGUUAUUCAUGCAAAAUCGGGAGCAAAGCGUUCCAAGGCUUGUAACUUAGCAUUAAAAGACUUUGGAAUCGAAUAUGCGAGAUCAAGUCGAUCAACAUGUCGUGGAUGUGAGCAAAAAAUAAACAAGAAUCAGGUUCGGAUACGUAAAACUGUUUUUGAUACUGAAGUUGGUAUGAAGUAUGGAGGUCAGCCUCUUUGGCAUCACUUAGAUUGCUUUGCCCAAUUGCGUUCUGAACUUGGCUGGUUUGAUUCAGGAGCAAAUUUGCUAGGUUAUAAGGGCUUAACAUGUGAUGAUCAAGCUGAAAUACAAAGCGUCCUUCCAGCUAUAAAAUCUGAAGAAUUACCUGAAGCAAAAAAAACUAAAACGGAGUUAUUGGAUUCAUGUGAAGAAAAUGAAAAAAUAAAACAAUUAAAAACCCAAAACGACGUCAUUUUUAAGUAUCGGGAUGAACUUAAAAGUACAAUGAAGAAGAGUGACAUUGAAGUUCUUUUAAAAUCGAAUAAUCAACAGCCUCUAUCUGGUGACUCUGAAAGGUUAUUAGAUCAAGCCGCCGAUUUACUGACUUUUGGUGCUAUUGAAUCAUGCUCUGAAUGCGGCAGCUCUCAGUUUAUUUUUAAUCGGUCUGGUUAUAUAUGUAACGGAAAUCUCUCUGAGUGGACAAAAUGCACCAAGUUGUUUGCAGAACCGACUAGAUCACCAUGCAAUGUACCAAAAGAUCUUAAAGCAAAGUAUACUUUUUUGAAUGAAGUAAAAAAAAUGCCAUCAGCACGAGUUAUUCAAUAUCUUCCUCCAAGUAAAAACACCUUAUCUAAGAAUCUAAAGUUGAAGAGUAAAAGCGACGAAUUGGAUGGGCCGAAAAUUACUCGUAAAAAGCCACCUUUAUAUAACCUAAAAUUUUCAAUAAUAGGUUUAAAAGAUCAAGAGGAGGAGUUAAAAAAGCGAAUAGAAAAAUUGGGUGGCAAAUGUGAAAACAAAAUAACGGAAACCACAAUAGCAGUAAUUUCAACAGAAGCAGAAGUAAAAAAAAAAUCUAAACGGAUGGAGUCUGCACAGUUGCUUGGCAUACAUAUUGUGCCAAUUGAAUAUUUAAAUUUUGUGGAGUCUGACGCAGAGGGAGCUUUCAUUUAUAUAAAUAGUAUGAGUAUCUGCAAUUGGGGAAUAGAUCCAAGAUCAAGAGCUUUACCAGAUACAAUAAAGAGCUCAAAGUUAAAAAGUAUAUAUACCAAAUCCGUGCCAAUAUCAAGGACGUUCAAAGUAAAAGACGGUCUGGCUGUUGACCCUGACAGUGGGCUCGAGGACAUCGCCCAUGUAUACGUGGAAAAUAAAAAUAAAUACAAUAUUGUGCUUGGCUUGACUGAUAUUCAGAGAAAUAAAAAUUCCUUUUACAAGUUGCAGCUUUUGGAAGCGGAUAAAAUGGCAAAAUACUGGAUUUUUCGUUCAUGGGGUCGAAUCGGAACAAGUAUUGGAAGCUCUAAGGUUGAGGAGUAUGACACAAGUUACUCCGCCAAAAAAAAAUUCAAUGAAAUAUAUGCUGACAAAACUGGAAAUGAAUUCGAACAACGAGGCAACUUUGUUAAAAUUACCGGUCGUAUGUACCCAAUAGAAAUUCAGUAUGAUGUUGACUCAAAGUUGUUUACCCACAGCUGUCAUUCAGUUGAGUCGAAGUUAGAUACUUCCUUGCAAAAUUUAAUCAGGCUCAUGUUUGAUGUUGAUUCUAUGAAUAGAACAUUAAUGGAGUUUCAAAUUGAUACGAAUAAAAUGCCGUUGGGGAAGCUAAGUGUAAAUCAGAUUCAAUCUGCUUAUGGUGUAAUAACAGAAAUUUUUAAAUUAAUAGAAUCCGGAACCACUAAUACAAAACUGAUUGAUGCUACGAAUAGGUUUUAUACAUUGAUUCCUCAUAACUUUGGAAUUGAAUCCCCAACAAUAAUUGAAACACACAAACAAAUCGAAGAUCUUCGACAAAUGCUUGAUUCAUUAGCUGAGAUUGAAAUAGCCUACAACUUAAUUAAAAGAGAGGACUCAACUGAUAAUAUUCAUCCUUUAGAUAAACAUUACGGGCAAUUAAAAACUGAAUUAGUUGCACUAGAUAAAAGUAGUGAAGAAUUUUCAAUUCUAAGACAAUAUGUAAAGAAUACUCAUGCUUCUACCCAUAGCUCCUAUGAUCUUCACGUUGUAGAUGUGUUCAAAGUUGCUCGCCAAGGGGAAGCAAGGCGUUAUAAACCAUUUAAGAAGCUACAUAAUAGAAAAUUGUUAUGGCACGGAUCUCGAUUAACCAAUUUCAUUGGUAUAUUAUCACAUGGUUUGAAAAUUGCUCCCCCAGAAGCACCUCCAACAGGCUAUAUGUUUGGCAAAGGCAUUUAUUUUGCUGAUAUGGUAUCAAAAUCAGCUAAUUAUUGUUGCACAAGUCAACAAAAUUCAACUGGAUUAAUGCUUCUUUCAGAAGUUGCAUUAGGGGAUAUGAUGGAAUGCACUGCAGCAAAAUAUGUUACAAAACUACCAAAGGAUAAACAUAGUUGUUUUGGUCAUGGUCGCACAAUGCCAGAUCCAAAAAUGAGCUAUAUCAGAAAUGAUGGAGUCGAAAUACCAUAUGGAAAAACAGUCACCAAUGAAAAUUUAAAAUCAACGUUAUUGUACAAUGAGUACAUAGUAUAUGAUAUGGCGCAAGUUAACUUGCAGUAUUUGUUUAGAAUGGAAUUUAAGUAUAGGUACUAAGUAAGUUUAAUAGAUAGUUCAUAUAGAUGAAAAAGUGUAUCAAUGUUGUUCACUUUUUCUAACGAACAAUUAUAUUUUCUUGUCUUGCCACUAAAGAGUUGGUAUGGUUACAUUUAAAAAACCUUUGUUUGUGCUUUCAAUAGAUUUAAGUACUUUAAAAAAAAUAAAAAUUAUUGAACUAUCAAA